ACACGGUGGUCUCUGACGUGUGUUCUCUCUCCUGUGAUCUACGAGACGCCGGUUCCUUUUUUCCCCGCUGCUGGACCGUCGGUUCUAUCGUUAACACGAAACGGUCCGCGGUUCCUGUGCGCGGUUCUCCGAGAGAGGAGCCUCGCGGAAAGUGUGCGCGCGGGUGGAACGGCGCGGACGAAUCGCGUCGCGGUCCGGCGAACACACAGGCCUCUCACGUGUGCGCGUUUGAAUUUUCGAAAAGAGCGGGACCGGUGUCCGCGGGUGUGUGGUUCUGAGUGUAAAACGGUGGUGCCUCGCAUCCUGCACGCGGUGCAUAUUCCCGUCGUCGAAAACGUCGGCAGAGCCAGCGGAAUGUGGCACGAGAGGGACCAUCUCGGAAGCCAUGCCGGCUGACGAGUUCGCUGGAACUCGACACAGAGGCAGACCGAGGCUGCAGCCGCCUUAACGAGCCGCUAUUCUCAUUGACAAGGUCACCGAGAUAUCGCACGGGAUCUAAUCAUGCUCGGCUGUGCCACGCAACCAGCGCCAUUCCGCGAUCGCUCGACUCCGCUGUUCUCUUGAGAGAGCAGACCAGCAUACCCCUCGAACACACCUGCGCCGCGUAGAGAGAGAGACCACGGCGUGUACCGAGCCGGAAACCGAGAAGGGCGCACGGAAAAACUGGACUUAAUCGACCUUGCUAUGGUAUUUCCCGUGUGCCGGCACGCCGGAGGCGAGUGAAUCGACGAUAGAGGCCCGAGAUCCCGUUGCCGUGGAUCGAGGUACCGGCUGGCUUCUAUUAUUCCACCUGCUCCGAGGCCUUUCCCAUGUUUGUCCGAGGACAGAAGCGUUAAUAACGCCGCUGGAAUGCUUCCGGAGGGAGCCGAAGACGAGUCUUCGAUCGACCGACGAUCCACUCUAACGAUUUAAUAGUCGAGUUCAAGAGUCGGCGGAUUAUGUGGACCAAAUCGGGAUCGAAGUUAAAUAGAGGAUCGCGCUAAUAAGUAUAGGGGACAUCGGAGCCUGGAAGGAAGCAAAGCCGGGAAAAGGAGUAGCAAUCGAUGGUGCCGUGUCGACGACCGAAGAAGUGAGCCGAGACUUCGAGGAGUCGUUGCCUCUUGGUUCCCGAAGAGGCGCAACCUAAUAGAUCGGCGAAGAGACUGGAGACUUGUUCAAGAAUCGGCUCGAUCGCCGAUCUCCUGGGCCUUCUGGGAUAAAGCAAGGUUCGCUGCGUCGGUGAACGAACAACUUCCAUGGUCUGAUGAUCCUCCGUUGCUCGAAAGCCCAAAGAACGGAGGCCGCCUCGAAAUCAGUGCUAAUCGCGAAGACGUCGCCCAGCCAUGAUCGACAGAUCCAGGCUCUUAGCGCUGCUCCUUCCGGAGCGGUGCCCUGACGGUUCCCCGUUGGCGUGAUCGCAGCCGGCUCCGCAGGCCGGCAGCCUUCCGAUGCCGGUCGCCAUGUUGGAGCUGGUGUGCAGCAACUCCUUGAGCCCAGGAACCUCGCCUCGAACCGAUCGCUCGAUCCUCUAACAGAGUUCGAGUCUAACUCCAAAGAAUCGACCGUUCUCACGACAAUUCAGCGUCCGCGUCCCAGGGUCCGACCGAAAGAGGACGUCGCUGGACGCGAUGUAGAGGUCCAGGAGGAAGGAGAAGAAGAAGAAGCUUCUUCCUCCGUGGAAGCCCAGCGUGUCGAGUAAUGCUGAAGCACAUCCUGACGGGGCAACCGUCGUCAACGGGCUCCAGGCAUCACCAGAAUGAUUAUCCGGCGGGCUCGGGCUCGUUGCACGGCGGCCACCAUCAUCAUCACCACUCGGGCGGCCAUCAUCCGGACCAGCAGCAUCACCUGUACAACCAGAGCGGCACCGUCCGCGGGAACGGCGGACGCGGCGUCGACGUCUACGACUCGGUGGUGGUGCACCCGGCGCAGAGGUCGGGGACCAUGCACCAUCAGCCGGCUACCACGCCGUCCUCCACCCACCGACACCCUCUGAACCACUCGCAGUUGAGCGUGAACAAUCUCUCGCAGAGGCUGAACCACAGUCACGCGUUGAACCUGUCCACCCUGUCGACGUCGAAGCACUCGGUGAACAGCGUCAGCCCCGUCGCCGGCGGCAACAACAACAACAACAUCAACAGCAGCAACAACAACAACGUGUCGACCGCGUUGGGGCACACCGCGGUUACCCAGGUGCCGCUCCACCAUCAGGACAACAGGGCCAAGGUGAACGGAGGCUUCGACAUCUCCAGGCUCUCCAGGCUGCCCAGCCAGGCCACGCCCUCCCCCGCGCCCGUCCUUCAGCAACCACCGCCGUGCGCGCCGCUGACCUGCGCCGGAUCCACCGCGUACCCUCUGAACGCUUCCUGGUCCUCGUCCUUGUCCAGGAACCACAAGGACCAGGAGGCCGGCGCCAAAGAGACUCUCACCAGUCUCGGACUACUGUGCUUAGUGUCGCUGCUGCUGGCGCUGCUCUCGCUGAUCUUUCUGCUAAAGAUCUCGCCGUUAACCGUCACACCAAGCAGCCUGAUCAGCCCCGAGGAGUACACCAUCGUCUACGAGGUCACUCUGGCGCUGUGCGCUCUCGCGCUCUCCCUCAACCUGUGCUGCCUGCUCGUCUGCGCUAUCCAGUUCCUCUUCACGGUGAAGCUCGUCAAGACUUCCUACCAGGGACACUGGAGUAACAAGUACCUGCAAAAAUCAUCCAUCAGCCGUAUCUGCGCUGUCGGUGGCUUCUUCAUUAGCAUUCCCGUGUUUUUAACUGGUAUGAUACUGUACACGUUCAUCCAGUUUCAUUCGACGCCGGCCAUUGUCACGUCGAUUUUCAUAGGGCUCGGCAUAGUCUUCUGCGGCUGCGCGAUGGUACACAACGUCUUCGUGUGGCAGAGGGAGAAGACGAACGCGGUGAAGGCGUUGGCGCGCGAGCAAUGCGAAGCAGCAGUGCAACUGCAACGGCAGCAACAACUGCAGCAGCACCAGAACGCGUCGCACCAUCAGCACCACCAGCAGCAACUACACCGAGGUCCCCUAUCGCACCACGCCGGCUACGCGGCCAAAGUCGGCCCCCUCGCCGGCCAGCAGAACGCUGCCGGCCACUCGAGCCACGGCAGAGGCUCUCACUACCAGCACUACCAUCAUCAUCAUCAUCAUCGGCACGUGUCGAUGUCGCCGGCACCCAUCGCAGCGACGCACAAUCACCUGAACGUCAGCACUCACAGGAGCAUAGUCACGCCGCCGGACACGCCGGGGGACAGGUCGCCUCCCAGCCCUGGGAACAAGCUGAACAGGUCCCAGCAUCUGCCCAGGGAAGCCAGUGGCAGUGUCAGCCCUGGACUACCAGCCGCCACGCUGGACCUUAGCAGUGCUGCGACCACCAAUAGUCCCCAUGAACUCUCAACUUUGGUCUAGGACCGGGAUUCUAGGUUGAGGCUGACGAUGUCUCUUCGCGAUCGGGAUCAGGAGGAUCUUGCCUAGAGGAAUCGAUAUUGCUCGCAUUUCACGGUGUGGUUCCUUGUGGAACUGUCUCUUCGACAGUCCUGAGUCGAUCGAAGGAAGACUUUUUGAACGAUGCCGACCUUGAUAAGAUCGCAACGAUCAAUUCUUGCAAGCUAAUCCACCUCAACCUAGACCCAAGAUGGGCCUGAACGAAGACAUUGCGUAAUCUUCGUGGAAUUUUCCUUUCGUUCGUUUCGAGUCAAUAAUUGGAAUCUAACGGUGUAACGUUCUUUAACCUCGCGUUGAUCUCGAUGUUAAAACAAUUGCCUACUACUCGUUCGAAAAGUAUAAUUGUUUCUUGCCGACUUGUCGGUUGAAUAGUGCCUUCGCUGUUAGAAAUCCUUAUUGGUCAACGGUAUUUAACAAGUGACCUUUCUAAAAGAAAAUUGAUCGGCCAUCGAUCGAGCAAUCGGAAGAGAGAUAGCGAAAGGGUUUCUUGCGUGCUUAAAGCUAAACAGUGCGCGAAAAGUUGAUCGUUAGCGAGCCUCGUGCUUGGAACUAUCGAUACGAGUGUGCGAAAGAAGUAAAUGUAAAAAAGUAUUGAAAGUUGAAACGUUGAAUCGAAGUGAUUGAGUUGAGAAUAUUUGCACGUCGAAACUAUCAAUCGCCCAAUGAAUUAGGUUAAGCUCCGUGGUGGGCAAUUUUUCUGAUUCCAAAAUACGAGAGUUAUUCGAAUUUAGUGUGCUAUUUCUGUGAAUAAGAAUAGGAUCAAAGUUCGCCCGCCGCCUACGUCUUCUCUAACUCAUUGGGACAUAGUUUACACCAGCAUGGAUCUUGCCAUUUCUUUAUUAUUAUUAUUAUGUUUAAUCGUACGAAACCUCUAGUCCUAGGUUACUUUCGCUUUCACGAAAGAUUAAGGUUUGCGGACUUUGACUAUCGCGACUAAGCGAUUACAGACUCUUCGUUAAAUGUAUCUCGAAGUUAGAGAGUUUCGAAUCUCGAGAUGUGGCGAAUUUAAUUUAAUUACCGGGCGCUUAAAAUGUGUCCAAUGUUAAUUCUUUUCGCUCAACACAGAUGCUUCUUUAUAAAUAUCGUCCAUUUUUACUUGAAACGUCCACAAAAUUUUUCAUUCGUUUUAUUGUCAGCGGUAUCAUGUACGCAACGUUUGCACAAUAUUGCGCAUCCUGAGAUUCGAACUCCACCAAGAUUUCCAGCAAGCAUAAAUCAUCUUGAUUUUUAUUAUUUAAGCAUUUAUCCUUGAAUACGUGUUUGUUCCUUUCCGCGCGGUCUAUACUUUAAUCACUUCCAAUAGCUGCAGUUAUUAAGUUGUGAACGGACGUAAGUUUAGACUUAAAUGCUUAAUAUUAUUUAAGCGAGCCGACCAACUCGUUGUAUAGAAGAAUUCGUUCUACAAGAGUAAUAGUAUUUUUUAUUCAUAGAGAAUCUUUAUUUCUUACUCAUUAAACAUUGUUUUCUUAUGCGAACGUAUUUAUAACAUGCCCUAGUUGUAAACUAAAAAAAGUGAAACAAUAAUUCAGUGCACUAGAAUCAAAGUUAUAGGAUGACUUAGAAAAAAAAUCUGCGAUAUAUAAUACUUACAAAAAUAUGUGGCUCACGAUUUGAAAGUUACACGGUAACAAAUAACAGUACAAAAGUACUUAACUAUACAGGGGGUUCCCAGGAUUCAUGGUGCAAUCAGAAUGAAGGUGAUUCUAUACGAAUAACUAAGAGAAUUGUUUUUUUUCUGGUUUUGCCGUUAUUAUUGGGGCACGCUGUAUACAGUUAAUUAUCGUAAAAUCACCAGACUUGGCGGGUAAAGUGUUUUAAAGAGAAUGAUACGAAUUUGUAUUGCAGUAGAAUUUUUGUGAAUUCUUAUUAGCCUGUUUUACAGUUCAUUGUUAAGUCGACGUUAACGAAAGUUGGGCCAAUGUUUGUGUACAUAGUAUAUAAAAGGAUGCAGACUAUACAAAUGUAUCUCGUGUAAUUUCCGAGUAAUAUUUGAAGUGGGUAUGGUAAGCGAAUGAAAAUAUGUACAUUUUAUAAACACCAUAAAUGUGUACUUUCUACCGGACUUGUAAGUAGUGUAGCAAUACAACAUUAUUAUAUGUAACACGCGACAAUACAUGAAUUAAAUUAUUUGUCGGGUCCAUGUAUAACAUGCAUAGUACAAAAGUGUUUUAGCUUUAUGUACUGGUACUUACUAAAUACCAAUUUAACUGAUGUAUUCGGUAUGUACCUACUUAAGGGAAAAAAAUAAAUUAUUCUGAACGCACGAUGGAGAUUCAAGUACAACCAACUGCUACCACAUAGAGAUUGCAGAACGUGAUAUUGGUAAGGACUGCAAAUAAAACAUUUCCGAAAAGUUAGAAUAUCAUUUUCAAGAGAAACUUAAUCGCAAAGUGAAGUACACAAUCACGAAGAUGUCAAUCGAACAUGUAAACGUUUAAAAUAAAUGGAAAAGGUUUCCAAAAGUUAAUCCUUGGUGAUUUAGACUCAUCGAACUAAAUGGAAGGGCCUUUCUCACCACUGAUCGCAGAUCUAUACGGAGCCCAUUGUCGGUGUCCGUGCGGACUCUUCGCAGAGGACAAUUCCAAAUUGACAAGAGCAUCGAUUCAUCAUUGUGAAACUGAAGUAUUGUGGACACUUGGAAUUCAAUUCAUUAUUGUAAAAUAGAAUAUGUCUUGUAAAGUGUGAAAAUAAAAGCGUUUUCUGAAAAAUU